CCGCGCGCGCCUCCUCCGCCGGUGCGUCGUCGUCGUCGGCGGCGGCGGCGGCGGUAGCGCGCCGCCCCUACUCCGCCCGUGCCCUUCCCCCCCUCGCGCUUUCGCAGCCGCUCUUCGGCGGCGGCGCCGCCGCUCCGCUUGGUCUCCUGUUCGGAGUUGGAGAUCGCGUUUGGCCUCUUACGUAUAUGGGGCGAUUGGGUAAGGAACCCCUCCUCGCUCGGCAAUUCCACUCCACCACCCCUUCUCAGUAUAGCACCGGAACCUCUUCGCAGAUCAACCAAGGAGAAUUCACGGAGAUGGCAUGGGAGGGGAUUAUUGGUGCCGUAGAUGCAGCACGAAUGUGUAAGCAGCAAGUAGUGGAAUCUGAGCAUUUGAUGAAAGCCCUUCUAGAGCAAAAAGACGGGUUGGCUCGGAGAAUAUUUACGAAGGCUGGAAUUGACAAUACAACAAUUUUGCAAACUACGGACGAAUUUAUUUCAUCGCAACCUAAGAUUGUUGGCGACACAAGUGGACCUAUAGUUGGGUCAAGUCUCGUUACAAUUUUGGAGAAUGCGAAGAAGUACAGAAAAGAGUUUGGUGACGACUUUGUGUCAGUGGAGCAUCUCUUGCUUGCUUUUACUUCAGAUAAAAGAUUUGGGCAGCAGUUAUUGAAGAAGCUCCAACUUGGUGAGAAGGAGCUUAAGGAAGCUGUUUCAGCCGUACGGGGAAGUCAACGAGUAACUGAUCAAAAUCCCGAGGGAAAAUAUCAGGCGCUAGAGAAGUAUGGAAAUGACUUGACUGAAUUAGCUAGGCGUGGCAAACUCGACCCUGUCAUAGGACGUGAUGAUGAAAUACGUCGUUGCAUUCAGAUACUGUGUAGGAGAACGAAGAACAAUCCCGUUAUUAUUGGUGAACCAGGUGUUGGGAAAACUGCUAUUGCUGAAGGAUUAGCUCAAAGAAUUGUGCGAGGAGAUGUUCCUGAACCUUUAUUUAAUAGGAAGCUCAUCUCAUUGGAUAUGGGAUCACUUCUUGCCGGGGCUAAAUUCCGCGGUGAUUUUGAGGAAAGACUGAAGGCUGUUCUGAAGGAAGUAACUGCCUCCAAUGGACAAAUUAUAUUAUUUAUUGAUGAGAUCCACACUGUGGUUGGUGCAGGAGCUACUGGUGGUGCUUUGGAUGCGGGGAACUUGCUAAAACCAAUGUUAGGUCGAGGAGAGCUCCGCUGUAUUGGGGCGACCACAUUAAAUGAGUACAGGAAAUAUAUUGAAAAGGACGCUGCUUUAGAGCGGAGGUUUCAGCAGGUUUAUUGUGGCCAGCCGUCAGUCGAAGACACCAUCUCCAUUCUGCGAGGCCUUCGUGAGCGUUAUGAGUUGCACCAUGGUGUUAAGAUAUCGGAUAGUGCUCUUGUGGCCGCAGCAGUUCUGUCGGAUCGGUAUAUCACUGAACGCUUCUUGCCCGACAAAGCCAUUGAUCUUGUUGAUGAGGCUGCGGCAAAGCUUAAAAUGGAGAUAACAUCAAAGCCUAUUGAGUUGGAUGAGGUAGACAGAGCAAUCUUGAAGUUGGAGAUGGAGAAACUCUCAUUGAAAAAGGACACCGAUAAGGCCGCCAAAGAACGCCUAAGCAAGAUAGAGGCCGAUCUAACAGCUCUCAAGCAAAAGCAGAGAGAGCUUUCUGAGCACUGGGAGUAUGAAAAAUCCCUGAUGACAAAAAUUAAAUCAAUCAAAGAGGAGAUCGAUCGAGUUAACGUGGAAAUGGAGGCUGCUGAACGAGCGUAUGAUUUGGAUCGGGCGGCUGAGCUCAAGUACGGAACGCUAAUGUCGUUGCGGAAGCAACUCGAAGAGGCUGAGAAGAAACUUGCAGAAUUCCAGCAAUCGGGCCGUUCAAUGCUCCGGGAAGAGGUCACCGACCUCGACAUUGCAGAAAUCGUUAGCAAGUGGACGGGCAUUCCCAUCUCAAGCCUUCAACAAUCUGAAAGGGACAAAUUGGUAAUGUUAGAAGACGUUCUUCAUAAGAGGGUAGUAGGUCAAGACAUCGCGGUUAAGUCUGUGGCCGAUGCCAUCCGCCGAUCUAGGGCCGGAUUAUCAGACCCGAACCGCCCGAUCGCGAGCUUCAUGUUCAUGGGCCCCACGGGGGUUGGGAAGACCGAGCUCGCAAAAACCCUAGCUGGAUAUCUUUUCAAUACCGAAAAUGCACUUGUUAGGAUUGAUAUGAGCGAAUACAUGGAAAAGCAUGCUGUUUCCCGAUUGGUUGGUGCGCCGCCCGGCUAUGUUGGUUAUGAGGAAGGGGGCCAAUUAACUGAAGCAGUUCGACGAAGGCCUUACUCUGUCGUUCUCUUUGAUGAAAUCGAGAAGGCUCAUCCUGAUGUGUUCAAUAUUCUUUUGCAACUGUUGGAUGAUGGAAGAAUAACUGAUUCUCAGGGAAGGACAGUUAGUUUUACUAACUGUGUUAUUAUAAUGACGUCGAAUGUUGGGUCGCACUUAAUUUUGGAGACUCUUCGGAAUACGGUGGAUACCAAGGAAGUUGUCUAUGAGAUAAUGAAGAAGCAGGUUGUCGACCUCGCUAGGCAAACUUUCCGACCAGAGUUCUUAAACAGAGUGGAUGAAUAUAUUGUUUUCCAGCCGCUCGACACUAAAGAAAUCAACCGUAUUGUGGAAAUACAGCUGGCUCGUGUGAAAGAGAGGAUGAAGCAAAAGAAGAUCAACCUCCAGUACACGCCAGAAGCAGUCGAGCUUCUAGGGCUUCUUGGGUUCGACCCGAACUUCGGGGCCCGACCUGUUAAGCGCGUGAUUCAACAGAUGGUCGAAAAUGUGAUGGCCCUCAACGUUCUCAAGGGAGAGUUCAAGGAGGACGACACGGUUAUUGUGGAUGCUCUCUCUCCUUCGGCGAAGGACCUUCCACCCCACAAGAGGCUUGUCAUUAAGAAGAUCGAAAGCGCUCCCGAGGCUUUGGUCGCCAAUGAUUAGAUAAAGAGUGUUUAUAACUCGUCUAAUGCGGAUAAACCUCGAAUAUAUCAUGAUUCGCACUUUGACCCCUCAUAAUAAUAAAAAAAAAUUUACAAACAAUCCCUAAAUUUAUAUAUUAUAUAUAUAGCACUUUACAAGGGCAAAGAGCAAAUUAUGAUGUUUCCGGGGUAGAAGCACCUUUUGUAAUUAUGAUGUUUUUUAUUUUUAUUUUUUACUCUAAUUAGAAUUUUGUGCUUUAAUGUAGAGAAGCAACUUCUGGGUCCCUGAAACUACUGAAAUUAAUAAAACCGCAUCAAGUUACUGAUAAGAAGCUAUGAUUUGAUAGAAA